AUGGCCUACAAUGAGCUGAUAGCGACCGUCACCCUCGUGGGAAGCCUGCUCUCUUUCGUGGCCACAUCCUGCGUCCUGAUCUCCUACAUCGUCUAUCACGAGCAGCAACGCUCGUUUCGCCAUGCCCUUGUUCUCAACCUUGCGCUUGCCGAAUUCAUCAACUCCCUGAACAACUCCAUAUCCGGUAUAAUAAACGUCGCAAACCACGGUCUCUCACCGAGCCCGGCAUGCACGUUCAACGGAUGGAUCGGACAGUUGUCUGUGCAGGCCGCAGACUUCUCCAUCCUCGCCAUCGCUCUGGUGACGGUCCUCACCAUCACCCGCAAGACGUACAUGCCCAACGCGUCGCUCGGCAGGAAAGCCAUGAUCUGCGCAUCCGUGUGGAUCGUCCCCCUCAUCACCAGUACCACCGCGGCAGGCCUGCAGACGAUGGCGCCAGUGAGCGGGAACUGGUGCUGGAUCUCGUCCUCUCGCACCGACCUGCGGUACGCGUUGGGGCACGGCUGGCGGUUCGCCAUCAUGUUCGUCACCAUCGGCGUGUACGUCUACGUGUGGUGGUACAUGCGGCAGCACUUCCAGAUGAUGGCGGGGACGACGCACGCCGAGGCCAAGGACUCGACGGCCGGGCUGAACCCGGCUUCUUCUGCCGGCGGUUCGUGGAGGGCGAGCUUCACGGCGACGUUGAGGAGGAAGAGCAACGGCAGCGGCCUCCUCGUCACCACCAAAGAGAAGAUCAUGGGAAGCAGGAAAGGCUCGGCGGCGAGCUAUGACGACGACGACGACUACGACGACGUUGACGUUGACGACGACUAUCGCAAGGAUCAGCUGCAGCUGGAGUACGUGCGGAUGACGACGCAAAAAGGCCAAACCCACAACGUCCUCGGAUUCGACGCGAACCCCAACUUCACUUUCGCCGCACGCGCCAAGCCCGCAGACGUGGAAGAGCAGGCCGUCGCACCGGACGCGGCAGUGAGGGACGACUGGCCUCUGCCCCCGCCCGAUCGCGUCCACCACCGCGAUGAGCGCACUCGGUCCUCGGACGCGCACCGUCCCUCCCACCCCCAUGCGGCGGCCUCCCUCCCUUCCCCCACGAUCUCCACCUUCGCGGCCGCGCAGUCGCACCAGGUCGCGCGCGAGAUCCGGCGCAUGCUCCUGCUCAACGCGUAUCCGACCAUGUGGGUGCUCCUCUGGCUGCCGGGCAUGGUGAACCGGCUCAUCGAGGCGAGCGGGCACGACAGCAAGACGCUGGCGGUGCUGCAGAGCAGCAGUCAGUACGUCGGGUUCGCCAACGCGUUGACGUACGGGUUCAACGAGCACAUGCGGGGGGAGAUACGGGGGGAUGUGGGGAGGAGGGUGCGCAGGUGGAUUCGCUGGCGAUGA